AUGGUAAAUGGUAAAUGGACUGUACUUGUACUCUCUGCAGGUCCCCCAGACAUCAAAGGUCGAGCGUCCAUCUUUAAAGUCCACCUGCGUCCUCUCAAGCUGGACGGCGAGCUGGACAAAGAUGCUCUGGCCAAAAAGAUGGCGGCGCUGACACCCGGGUUCUCAGGCGCAGACAUCGCCAAUGUGUGCAACGAGGCGGCUCUGAUCGCCGCACGCCACCUCUCUGACGCCAUCAAUCAGAAGCACUUUGAGCAGGCCAUCGAGAGGGUGAUAGGAGGUCUGGAGAAGAAGACUCAGGUGCUGCAGCCGGAGGAGAAGAAGACAGUAGCGUACCAUGAGGCCGGUCACGCCGUCGCCGGAUGGUUCUUGGAGCACGCCGACCCUCUACUGAAGGUCAGGUCCCGUCUGAACAUGUGGCGGGUUUCACUGUGUCGUCUCCAUAGCAUCGCCUCCGCUCUGAGCUCAGCUGACAGAGAGAAAACAUAAACAUACUCCCAUGAUGCUUUGGCAAGAUGACAUCACCCUCA